AGCAACCCGACGCACGCAACCCUCCAAUCCUUCUUCUCUCCUCAAUAUCGCCUCCUCUCACCGCCUCCCUUCCCUUCCUUCCCUCGCUCCCGCCGGAUCCGGUCACCGCUCAGGAGCCGAAGAUGGCAGACGUCGUCCAGUUCCGGAUGGAGCGCAUGGCCGACGAGCUCGACGACCUCGAGCGGCGCGGCCUCUUCUCCCGCGCCGAGAUCGCCGAAAUCGUCCGCCGCCGGCGGGACUUCGAGUACCGCCUCAAGCGCCCCUCCCCUCUGAAGCAGGACUUCCUCGCGUACAUCGAAUACGAGAACCAGCUCGACGACCUCCGGAACCUCCGGAAGCGGGCCAUCCUCGGCGAGCUUCGGCAGAAGGGCGGCCGCGAGGAGGAGGAAGAGGAUGGGAGAAGGGAUAAGACGGUGAAGUGGAACAAGUCCAUCUCGGACGUUGCUGGGGUUCGGCGGAUCUUGAAUAUCUACAGGAUGGCAGUUGUGAGGUACAAAGGGGAUUUGGAUCUCUGGUUCAGAUACCUGGAGUUCUGCCGCGACCGCAAGCAUGGGCGGAUGAAGAAGGCACUUGUUGAGGCAAUCAGAUUUCAUCCAAAGGUCCCUGGGCUUUGGAUUUAUGCUGCAGCUUGGGAGUUUGAUCAAAAUUUAAAUGUUGCAGCUGCUCGUGCUCUCAUGCAGAGUGGUCUGAGGGCUUGUCCAAAAUCAGAGGACCUUUGGAUUGAGUAUCUACGGAUGGAGCUCACUUAUCUUAAUAAAUUGAAGGCUAGAAAGGUUGCUCUUGGAGAAGAUAUAAAGACAUUGGAAAAGGAAAAUGGGGAGGCUAAUCAGUGGAAAGAAGAAAACAAGGAUCUUUUUAUGCCUCUGAAUGAAGAACGAGGGGAUGCUGAGGGAUCAGACAUACAAGAAGGUGCCUUGGAAAAGAAAGAAAACCUAUUCUGGCAGAAAGGUUCGAUGAUUCUUCAAACUAUAUACCAUGGAGCUGUGGAGGCUCUCCCAUCAAGUAUGAGCUUGCGGAAGCGAUUCUUGGAGAUACUGGAUAGUGUGGAUCUGGCGCAUUCUGAUGAAUUAAAGAUAGAGGUGAUGGAAGACUUUAAGAAAGACUUCUCCCACGAUGAAAAUUACUGGGACUGGGUUGCAAGGCUUCAGGUCAGCGAUUCUGCAAAUCAUAAGGAAUCAAAGAGAGAAGUAGUUCUCUCCAAGUUGGAUAGGGCAGUUCAGGUUUAUGAGGAGGCUGUGAAAGUCUUGCCAACUGCCAAGAUGUUCUCUCUUUAUGCAAAAUUUUGGUUGGAUGUGAUAUUUCCUGACAGAGAAGAUUCCAUUCCUGUGCUCAGUAACUGCAGGGUUGAUGCUCUAGAUUUCAGUUCAUCUAUAUUACAGGUAUAUGAAAAUGCUGAAUCAAGUGGAUGCCUUACUGAGGAUCUUGCCUGCCAAUACAUUUCAUUUUACUUGCAAACUGGGAGAUUAGAGGAAGCCAGGAACCUUUCAGAGAAGCUUUCCAAUGGUAAAUUUUCAGGUUCUGCAAAUUUAUGGGUUCUGAGAAGUUCCAUGGAGAUGAAGUGGCUUACAGAUAAAUCUGCUUCCAUAAGCAUGGAUGAGUUGCAUUCUGUCUUUGAACUCCUAAAAAAUGUGUUGACUGGGUUGUCCCUUCCAGAAGCUGAGUGCUUGUGGCUUAUGGCCCUGAAGUUUUUUUCAAACAAUAAAGACCUUUUCCAAAAGCUGCUGAAGUAUGUCACGAUAGCAUUGGCCAGAGCUGGUGGCACCGACUCUGGAUUUUCCAUCACUUCUUCUAUUGUGAAUUGGGUUCUCCAAAGAGAUGGUAUUGAGCAGGCAAGAGAGAUGUAUAAGCGAUUUCUAGCUUUACCCCAUCCAAGUCUUAAAUUCUUCAGGCAUUGCAUUGAACUGGAAUCGAACCUUUCUUCUGUUGGAGAUAGUGCUGCUCUUCGAAAUGCCCGCAAGUUGUAUGAAUUAGCUAUAGCCAUUUAUGCCCAAAAUAGAGAAUUAUGGAAAGAAUACUACAUUAUGGAAAUGAAGGUUGGAACAUCUGAAACAGCAAAUGCUGUCUAUUGGCGUGCUCGAAAAAUACUGAAGGACACCAUUAUGUUGUCAGUUCCUAGUGACUUGUGAUGCAUUUUUUUUUGGUGUAGCAUCAUAUCAUAGUUUUAAUUUAAUUAUUCAAUUUGUUUAUCUUAGGGAACAGGUGAAAAUCUUUGUAUGAAAAUUUUGGCUGCUUAAUUUAAUGUAACCAUUAAGAAAGGUUUGGAGGAUGGAAACUGUUGUGCUAUUGGUUUCUACUUAUGGCUAUGCAUAAUCUGCCAUUUAAACAUUAGUGAUGAGCAGAAGUUAUCUGCGGAA